AUGGCAGAUGCUGAUAACGUCGGUUUGUGUGACUUUCAAUUUAUGAAUUGUUUCAAAAUAGUUCCUUGUGAGUCAUCUAAUUAUGAUUGUAAAGAACCAAAUUAUGCUUGUGUUUAUCAUCUUCGAUGUUAUAAUCUUCCUGUUUUCUAUCCAAUAUCAAUGACAGAUGAAGAAAUAUGUCCAUCAAUAACACGUAAGAAGAAGAAGAAAGAGUAA